ACGGAACAAAAAGCAGAGAAAGCCAAUACAUGCUGUCUGGGUGAUUCUGUGCCAACAAGGUCUAUACUCCGUCAUAAUACAUUCACGUGAUCACUUUCCAUUCCAAGAAACACGUCUUUGCCUCCAUGUAUAAUAUUAGCAGCUUACACUGUACUUUCUAUUUACUUAACUAUAAUAUUUCUGCUAUCUAUCCCUGACAACUUGGGAGCCUAUUUACGCGUCGCCGUUUUAUCAUGCCUGCCUAGUCAAGAGCCAAUCGAAACCAAUACCAUUUCACUAUCUCCGUACAACUUAUGGAUAGCACAAGCUCACCAGAUUAUAAGGCGCUUUUUCUGAGAGAAGCCGAGCGGAGGAAGGAAGCAGAAGAACGCCAGCGGAAGGCAGAGGAAGAACGGGAGCAGGAGAAAGAGGAGAGAAGGCGUGCAGAGGAGGAACGAGAUCAGGGCAGAGAACUAACGCGGCACACCACCUUUCUAGAACUUCUCCGUCACUGCCAUAUCCUUUUCUCGCUUCCUUUACGAGCCGCAUCGCCGUCUAAAUCCACAACAGGAAAAAUACCGCAGCCAACAGGGAAAUACUGCCCGCGACGCCUUCUACCUUGGGAAGACUGUGCAGUUAGGCAACAGGAGAUUUACCGGUCUGUUUGCACCUAUCUGGAACCUGAAGGGAAGGCUGCGGAACAGCGAUUUUCACCGCGCCUUGCGCUGGAGGACUUGGGUAAACGAUUUGAUGAAAGACCAAUAAGCAGUGAGCAGGAUCUGCAGAGCUAUGAACGAUUUGGUGUGGAGAACUAUGUUCGUGAUAUUAUUGUAGCUCUCUGCAAGAUACCAGCCGCUCGAGAUGAAUUUGGGCUGGGCGAUGGAGUUAUGUUCGAGAAUCAUGCGAAUGCUCUUGAUCCCGUCGAAGCUAGCUAUCUUCAACGAAAUGAAUUGUCGAGUUCCUGGCGUUCAAAACCAGAUCAAUUUUGUAUUCACCGAGUUGAUGGUGGUCAUAAUACUCUUCUAACAACAGUUGAGUACAAGCCACCCCAUAAGCUAUCCGUUGAAAACCUUCGCGCAGGAUUACGGCCGAUGGACUUUUGGAAAGAGGUUGUUCGGUCUGAUUCUGUCCCAACCGAGGAAACCGCGAAACUGGAAUACAAUGCAGCUUGGCUGACAGGAUCUGCUGUGACCCAAGAGUACCAUGUGAUGAUUCAGGAGGGACUUGAGUACUCCUACUUGACUAACGGACUUGCGCUGGUUCUGUUACAUGUCCCCUGCGAUGAGCCAAGCACCCUAUACUACCACCUCUGUGAGCCAAACAUGGAGAUCGAUCUAGAUAAUGACUGCAGCUUCGAGCAGCCACUGACGGCUAUUGCACGGGUAUUGUGUCUGUGUCUCAUGAGCUUUAGCGCGCGACUUCGCGACCAGGCGUGGCGAAAUGAUGCAGGGCCGGGUAUACCAGUUUGGGAGACGAGUUUUGAUUAUACUCGCUCGCAAAUUCCAGAAAGAGAAUUACGGCAGCACCCACCGGGUUCAGAAUAUAGUCCCUUAGAGAGCUCUGGGCGCACUGUCUCGGAAUAUCUGCCAUCGUCCUCUCCUAUUGAGUCUCCCACGAAAGGACGUCGAAUACCAACUCGCUCUCGAGUUCAAUGUGCCCCGGAUACAGUAGACCGUGGGGAUUCUCCAGAUUCCGAUACUGAUUCUGCUCCCGGUAGGCGGAAGCGUGGCUUCAGCCAGGUCUCAUCGUCUCCAUUAUCGCCAUCCGUUCAACGACCCGCACGUCAGACGGGCUGCCGGUUUAAUGAAAGCAGCCGGCGUCACCACAGAGCUCAAUUUUGUACCCAGCGAUGUCUGCUUGGCCUACAGCAAGGGGGCAAGCUGGAUGGAAAUUGCCCGAAUGUUAUGCUUCAUCAGCAGGGUGGAAACAACAGUCGACACCUCCUCGAUGCCCAGAGCUUGGUUCAAUGUAUCAAACAGCAGCUGGAUGAAAAUCUUGACCGCGACUGCACGCCCAUGGGACGCUGUGGGGCAUCUGGAGCACCCUUCAAGAUAACCUGCACUGCAUAUGGAUAUACAGUCGUCGGUAAAGGAACCACAUCUUAUCACUGGAACGAAGUGAAGCGUGAAGCGGAUAUUUACCGCAUACUUUCGAAGGUUCAAGGAUCUGCCGUCCCUGUUUUUCUCGGCACGGUUGAUCUGGCCAAGACCUACUUCCUCCAUGGAGCCGGGAAGAUCCGCCAUAUGCUGCUCAUGGCUUGGGGGGGUGAACAUAUUAAAAAUAUCCAGGCUAACGAUGUAGCCAGACGAGAGGUUUCAAGGUCCAAGAAACAGAUUCGGUCUUUAGGAGUAUUACACCGGGACCUUCGGCCAGAAAAUAUUCUGUGGAGUACCGAGCUAAACAGGGCCUUAAUUAUUGACUUCCAUUGUUCUCAAUUAGACCCGCGACCGGUAAAACGGCGGCGAAGGUGGUCGGACAAAUUCAGUUACGAAGAGGCACAUGAGCGAAAACGGCUUUGUGCAUCCUGACUUAAGUUUAUACCCAAUAUAAGUAUACUUAAUAUGACCUCUACAGUACGUCCUUCAGAAACUGGACAUUGUCGAAAUCUCUACACGAAGUUCACUUUUUCGCGAAACAGUGUGCGCUGUCUGCACUUGAUUAUUGGACAGUCUUCCUACUU